AAGUUGAAGCUGAUUUAGUUGAAGAUGAAGAAGUUGAAAUAGAAAAUACAAUUGGAGAAGUGGAAGAUGUAGUUGAAGAAGUGGAAGACGUAGCUGAAGAAAUAGAAGAUUUAGUUGAAAAUAUAGACAUAGUUGAAGAAUUAGAAGAUUUAAUAGAAGACAUAGUUGAAGAUGAUGAUGAAUAA